CACGCGGCGGCAGGCCAUAGAAUUCCAGCGCUGCGCAUCUCUGGGAUCUAUGAAACGUGACAACCAAGAGCCCAAUGAGGAGAAUGUUCGCCCUCCAUCGGCUGUUAGAGGAAGCAGACUGGGAAGCCGAGCAAGUUACAUCGCGGAAGUGCCGAAACACGAUCCCAUCCUCCCCACUGUGAAGGUGCACUUUCCAUCGUUCAAACCAAACGUGGCGCCCCCCGCAACAGGCGCCAUGGAUGCUGUGGUGAAACUAACCCCACGCCCACCAGCGUCGUCUGGCCCUCAACUCCGUCCGAAGAGCAGUGCUGCCCAUCGCCAAGUUGGACGUCUUUCCACCGGCAUUUUGCACCUUUCCAAGCAACUGACCUAUAAAGAACGUCCAAACACAUCCAGUGGGGCGAACCGAAGACCCCUGACUGACACAUCGUCGUGUUUUCUCACCCAACGCCCAUCGAUGACUGUUGAACACGAGAGCCAUGCCAACGAUUCAGCGUACUGCUUUGACAACUACUUCAAGUCAAAUUGGUUUCGUGAUCGAGAAGAGUGGCUCCGCAUUGCUCAUUGCAACCCAACUCGUGGCAAGUCCUUGUACUUCGAAAGCACGGGAGAUGUCUACGGUGACUGGGCUGACUGCAUUGUCAAAAGCUACAAUGCCAAGACGGGAAAGUUUUGGAUCGAAUUCGUCCAUUCUGGCAUUGAAAAGCAAGUGUUUCGAACGAAUUUGCUCCUUCCUUCCAUCGACGACGAGUCCGAGUUUCUUCGGCAGCGUGAGAUCUACUUUAAAGAAACGAAACUUAUCUACGAGCUCGUGCGAUGCCAGCGGUUUGUCAGCCACGACACCACGGCGAACGCCACCGACCUCGGCACCUUGUCACUGAAAAUCAAAAGCCGCAUCACACACCUCGCAAUUCGUCGUAACAUCACGAACACGUUGAACGUGCAUGGCUCCAUAUUGGCAGAUAUGCUGCGCGUCAUCGACGAUGACUACACCAGCAUCAUGAAGCGGUCCAAGGCCGAGGUCGAGGAAGACAGCACGCCACUGCAUUCGGCGUUGGUGCGAUCGUACUUGCAGCAGCAGCGGUUGACGCACUGGUGCCAUCAGCCGCACAUUCCAUCUCGCCUGCUCGCGUUUUCCAAAGUGCGGGAGAAAAUUGUCGCCACCCACUUGGAUGCGACACGAGCGAGUGUUCUUCUCCUCCAAGGCAUCAUGAAGAAAUCCCACCAAGUCCUACCCACUGUUGAACUUUUCCAUCAAAUCGAGAGCGACUACGACGCUGCCAAACACCGCUUGCGGCCGCCAUACUCCCUCCAAGACUACGUGGCUAUCCAACAGGAGCACCUGUCUGAAGCGUUUGACGUGUGUCAAUUCGAGUGGAGACAAGAGAUCAUCCAGCUCAUCGAGGGCACGAAGAUCCCAUCGGCAUUGCAGCCCAACAUGCAUCGUUUCACCAAGCGAGUCGACUACAUUCUCGCCAAUGAACUCAGUCAAUCACUUGAGGCAGCGUUUGGCGAUUUGCACGAAACGCUGUUUGGCCGUCGAUGUAAACAUGUGACCGAAUCCAGCGACAACACAAGGCCUGUCUCGACAAUUCGUCGACGGAACUGGAGCGCUAUGUUCAAACCACGGCUCAAACCUCCUCUGAUCCAACUUGUCGUUGUGUCGACAGCAUCCAACGACGCCAAACGUACCGUGAGCUUCCAUCCGACGUUAGUGACAGUCCAACUGGCCAUGGAAAAACUCGUUUUCACUGCCAUCUCACGAUGCAUGGAAAUCUACUGCAUCCAAGGUGAAAGCAGUUUGAAUUCGGCGGAAGACGUCAAGGUGACCAAACGCGUCCCUUUGUUGAGAAAGAGUCGCGAAGUGACGGCCCUGGGCACUAGAGCAAUGAAGGAGUUCCGCGCGUCGUUCAACCAGGCCGUGCUUGGUCCUCGACAACUGGCAGAGAACAUUCAAAUCCUUUGCGAUAGUCUCCACGACCGACGCAUGGCGCUGCUCGCGCUAUAUAAGGAACGCACGGACGAUUUUCUGCCGCCAGACGACUUCAACGGCAUAAUCGACGAGCUUCGGUGGUUUGGCAAGGCCAUCCAUGAUGUGCACAACCUCGUCAGCGACGUGGAGCAGUUUCAGCUCGUAGAAAUUACCACGGCAGACAUGAAAAAGGCGUUGACAGCCGAUAUCGAACGCACGAUGCAAGAUGCCUUCGAGUACUUGUGUGUGAACUGCCAUCACCAAGAGCGGCGGAUCGCAGACAAGUACGAACAAGACCGGAAGACCCUUGCCACCAACCCUCAAGACGAAGCAACUCUGGACAUCUUGUGGACGUUCUUGAGCGAGAUCGAAAACGUCGUGCAUGAUCGACGCAUGGACGUGCAAAGCAUCGAAGGUCGGUUUACGACGUUGGAGUCGAUUGGAAUCAUGAUAAAUAAACCCGUGCCUGCGUCGACGACAAAGUUUCACUGGACCCUACGGAAAUACCCAUCCAUCCUUGUGGACGACACCAAAACCUGCAGCGACGCAUGCGAAGCUCGCAAGAAAACGCUCAGUUCGUCGCUGUUCAUGGAAAAGCGGGCGUUUGAGGCCGAGGUCGUCCGUCUCAAGGAAGCGAUUGACGUCUUGACGACUAAGACGGAAUGGUCCAAGGAGAACGUCGACGUGUAUGCGGACGACGCGCAAACCUUGCACGACACCGUCGAGGCUUGUCUUCGACAGCUCGAAGACUUUGCCCGCCGUGAUCGCAUCUUUGGGUGGACACCCAUGGAGACGACGAAUGUGACGCUUCUACAAGCACUCCUCGAACCGUACUACCUGUUCUGGACCACAUCAUCUGACUUUACGUCGUCGACGACGACGUGGUCCAAGACACCGUUUGAAUUGUUGACGGCCAAAGACGUGGUGAAUAAAGUUGGCUCGUGGAAGGAGCAGCUGAGCUCCUUGGCGGUGCAGCUCGGCAAACACUCCAAGCUCCAAGGAGCAUUAGCAACUCUGAACACUGAAGUACAAGCGUUUUGUGUGGGGAUGCCAAUCAUUGAGAUGGCUGCAACGGGCGCGAUGAAGAGCCGGCACUGGGAAACGAUUGUCGACCUUCUUGAAGUGGAUUCGAGAGUCAUUCAAGACGACCGGUUGCUCUUCACGCUGGACGAUCUCAUUCGAGGCGGCAUCAUCUCGAUCCUCGAUUAUGCUCGAAGCGUCCACGACAAAGCGCUGCGGGAGUUUCACUUGGAACAGCGCUUGCACACCCUCAAGCGAGAAUUUGGCAAACCGAUUGUUCAAGUUGAAAAGUACCCGUUGAAGGACACGUACCUCGUCGUCAACUUUGGGCCGCUGCUGGACAUUGUCGAGGACCAACUGAUCACGAUUUACCAAAUGAGCCACAGCGACGACGUUGGCCCGAUUGCAAAUGAUGUUGACGAGUGGAAGCUCAAGCUGCAGUACACCCAAAACUUGCUCCAAACGUGGACGCAGGUCCAGCGGACGUGGCGGUCGAUGGAAUGUUACUUUUACAGGCAAAAGGAAGGAGACAAUUCCUUUCAAGACUUUGCCAAAGUCGAGUCCACAUGGCGAAGUGUGUUGGACUUGGUGCGAGGGAACCCCGGUCUGGCCAAGAUUGCCGAUUCGGACAACGUCAAGGAGCCCCUGGAGAAAUGCUUACGAAUUCUCCGGAGCAUCAACAAGGUCGUGAAUUCGAUUCUCGAAACCAAACGCUCGAUCUUUCCAAAACUGUUUUUGAUUUCCAAUUUCGAUUUGGCCCGAAUUCUCGCGGCGCAAUGCAUCCAAGACAUACCACCAAAGCUCAAUGGCCUUUUUGAAGGCAUCGACUGCUUUGCCGUCGACGACAACGACCACAUUCACGGAAUCACGCUCAAAACGCGAGAUACCCUGCACCUCAUCCAUCCUGUUGCCAUUUCCAAGCCAAAUAUCGAUGGAUGGUUUGUCGAUGUCGCCCAAUUCCUCAUGGCGUUAGACAAGUCCAUCAAGUAUUCCAUUCAACACCUGAUCGCAAGCACAUGCCUCGACGCUGGCAUGAAUGCCGUGUUUGACACUUGUGUGCCGCUGCAAGUGAUUCUCGUUGUGCUGCAAAUACACUGGACUUCGUCCAUGGAAUGCGAUGGCGACGAUCGAUGUGGCCACGACUCGAUGAUGCAAACCCUCCUUGGACUCGAGCACGGACUGAUUGCCAAGAUUCGAUCGAGCGCAACAGAUGUCAAUGUUGCGACCGUGCUUGCCGAAGUCAUCAGUCUUGUCCACAAAACCAAGUCGCUCGUGCAUUGCAACACAACAUCAUUUGAGUGGCUGUCGCAGUCCCGACGAUACCUGCGGCCUUCGCCCGACCACGACAUGCCCACGCACGUCGUUCAAAUCUUGGACACCGAAUUGCCCUACCAAAAUGAGUUGUUGUGCAUUCGCCAGCCCCAGACCAACAUCUCGACCGACAACAUGCUGUACAGCGUUUUCAUCGCGCUGCGACACCUCCGCGGCCUGGCGCUGCAAGGAUUUCACAUUGUGCACACCGCUGUUCAUUUGACGCAAUGGAUUGGUGCGUCCUUGGUAGUCGAGGUUUUGUCCAAGGAAACCACGUGGAAGAACAUUGGCCAAGUUUUGCGAGGGGCCGCCGCGACUGGGUCGUGGCUUUUGCUCCACCACCUGAACGACGCCCCGACUUCCAUCUUAUCCAUCCUGGUGCAAGUGAUGGCGCACGUUUCUGCGAGCCACGUGCUGCACCCUCCUGUGAUCCAGAUCCCGCACUUUUCCAAGGUUGAACUCCAGCCGUCGUUUGCGCUGCUGACGACCGUGAACAAACGAACACGUACCGAGUUGCCCCCCAGCUUGAGCGCGAUGUUUAUGCCGUGCUCGUUGAUCCAGCCGUGCCUGCUCCAGUACACGAUGAGCACACUCUACAUCUUCGGGUUUAUGCACUUUGAAACGAUCGGGAAGCGCAUUGUGCGGUUUUUGGAAACGAUGCGCAUCGAACACCACAACCUGUCCAGUGACAUCACACUCACGGCGCUCCUGUCCCACGUCUAUAUUCGUGUGCUGAUUCGAACAGCGACGUGCGACUUGGCAUCGCACACGAUUCAAGCAUUCAAGAUGAAGAGCUUGGACGACGAGGUGCAUGCCGUGUACCACGCGAUCGAAAAAGUGUUUUUAGCCAGGCUGUCGCGCCAAGACGUGACGACUCUGACGCGAGGGAUUCUCGACAAAACGUUUGGGGUGCCGUUCCAGGUUGAUGCAACCAAUGCCUUGACUAAAGACGACAUUCAACGUGCCAUGGCAACGUGGCAGUCGUCGGCCCAACUGACUUCGUUGAAUGUCGACGUGUCUGACUACGUUGUUUCCAAUCUCAACCAAUUUCUCGUCAACACGGACGUUUAUUUGUGCACCCUGGUCUCUGGAGCUCCCGUGUCAGGAAAAUCCACACUUGUCAAUGUGGCCGCUGCUGCCAGGACAGUUGCGAACCCGUUGGUCAAAGUCAAGGUGAUGCGCGUGUACGUGUCGAGCGUCGAGAACCUUAUGGGUUCAUUCUAUGGCGAACCCAAUCUGACGACCUGCUCGGUUCUGCAGCACUUCAUCCACGACGCAACAACGUCGUCAAAUACGGUGACGUGGAUCGUCCUGGAUGGCGUGGCGUCGGAAGACAUGACGGAUGCGCUCGUGUCAUUUCUCGAGCAACAACUCAACAUGCGUCUCUUUAACAUGGCGAAAGGCAUUCAACACAAGUGGCGGUUGCUCAUUGAGACUGACAGUUUGGCUCAUGUGAAUCCGAGCUUUGCGUCCGUGUGCGGUCACAUUUACAUGGACGCGACAUGCUUGACGUGGCGUCAAAUUUUGACGAGCUGGUGCCACAAGCCCGCCCGUCCAUCCAGCGGGACACUCCAUAGCAAGGCAGUUGUGGACCUAGUAUUCUGGGUCAUGACAACUGCAUUUGCAUUGAUGCCACCGAAACACCCCUCCAUGGCGCAUCAGACCCAGCACAUGCUCAGUGUGUGUCGACUUGUUGACAUGAUGGUGGAAUCUGUUGGUGGUUGGCCCGCGCAAGGCCAUCAAGCCGUUAUCAUGGCCGAAGGGUGCUUCGUGUUUGCGGCUGUAUGGUGCAUUGGAACGACGCUCGACGACGUUGCCGUGAAACAAACGUUUAGUGACUCGUUGAAAGAUGUCUUAGCCGGCGUCAAGAAGCACAUGCGACGGUCGUCAGUGCCAUUCCCGCCCAACGAACCCACCAAGUCCGUAUUUGACUACGCUUUUGACAUGUCAAGCUUGACAUGGCGCGGCUGGGACGGCAUGGAACCUCCCUUGAAAGUCCCUGUGGGCAUCGUACCUCACACCAACUUUUCCAUUGGAUCGUACUUUCAACGUAUUGUCGUUGCCAACAAGCCCAUGACACGGAUGCCACUGGUUUUAUCGGGCCCGACGGCAUGCGGCAAGACGACACUGCUGCAAGCGCUUGCCACGCCAGCGCUGUCCCAGCAGGUCAUUCCAGGAUGUCGCCAUCGGACGUCGUUUGAAACAAAGAUGAAAAUCCUGGACCCGCUCGUCGAGAUUCGACAAAAUUGCAUGGGGACGCGCACGGAAUCAACUCAUAUCGUGAUUCUCGAGGACGUCCAUGUGUGUGCAAGCACGGGGUUGGACUGUGUCCGGGAAUGGGUAGAGCGCAACCAGUCAUGGCAUGUCGAGAAUCGGUCCGUCGCAGUACCGCACGCCGUGUUUCUGGCGACGAUGCACCCGAUGCCAAGCACAGACAGCACCGUGACGCAUCGAAUCCUCCGCCAUUUUUUGCACAUUCGACUGGCACAGUACACGGACGACGUUUUGCGGACCAUAUGCAUGGCUACAAUUCAGCAGUCCACGUCGUCGAGCGCCGUCCAAUUUCCGUUUGGGAAUGAAAUCGCCACGUCAACGGCGCGGUUGGUGCACCAUCUUCGGGGCAAGAAGACGCUAGGAUGGAACGUUCUUUCCCGAGGCCUCGACAUUGUGAGGGUCGUGUGUACAAUGCCCGGUGAAGUGUACGCAUCGUCCGGAGUGUCGAUGCUUUGGAGCCACGAGUGCCAACGCGAGUACGAGGAUGUGUUUCGGAGCUCGCAAGAUGUCGAGUGGUUCCGUCAGCAUCUUGUUACGACCUGCCGGACGGUCUUUGGCGACGAGUGUGCAGACAAACUCGUCACAACGUUCCGACUCAAUCCACUCAUGUACAGCCCCAACGUAAACCAGCCGAAUUGCUACGAAGAGAUCUUCCGUAUCAAGUACAUGACAGACACGAUGUCGACGUGGGGCAAAACCCACCGCCACGUCGCUAGCAACGCUUUCAUGUCGUCGUCGCAAGCUGGAUUCCUCGCCAGAGUUCUGCGUGUGCUGACUCUCCCACUACGCGUGCACCACCGCACGACGUGUAUCUUUGCUUACGGUCCAUCUGGGGGCAAUGCCGUCCUCGCGUCCACAUUCGAGUUGGUCAGCGAGAUUCUCGACUGCGCCUUCCGUUUUGAAACACAGGACGGUAUCGUUCCCUAUUUGCAAAGCGACAAGGACAUAGCAACACGCAAGAUUGUGCUGGUCCAAGACGCCCAUGGCAUACCCCAUGACACGUGGAACGACAUUCAAACGCUUCUCGACCGACCGUCGCCACUCGCCGCCGCGGGACAGCGGCUUUUUGUUGUGUUUGUGUUCGACGUGGACCUGUCGAGCCCGCCUCUCGACGAUGGUUGCAUCACAACGUACUCUGUCCUCUGCGAUCGUCCGAGCUUGUACAAACACACGCACAUCAUUUGGCUCGUCAACAAGACCGAGAGCAGCGACUACUGCCAAAUCAUUCGAAACGCAUUGAAGAAUGUCCUGGUGGACCACCCCAUGCGCGACGAGCUCAUCCACGUAUACGCUGACAUCCAGGAGCUGAACGAGAUGCACUUGACUCAAUUCGGUUCGACCGAACAUGCGUCGUCGAUCACGCGAUUCGAUUUCUCUACGUGCUUGGCAGCGCUCGUGUCGCACACGACCGCCGCCAUCAAGCAGAACGAGAAGCUCCUGUCGACGGCGUUGACCAACGCCACCCAGGUGACCACAAGCAUCAACAACAUCGCCGGCACAAUUCGAGCCAUGUCCAAGCGCAUCUAUGACAAAACUCAACGUGCAGCAGACUCGUCGCUCGAUCUGGUGCCGCUGCAGCAGUCGGUACAUGACACGAUCGCUGCCAUUCGCAAUGACGAAGACGAAAUUCACCGGGAAUCCGUCGAGUGCGAUGCGUGGACAGAAAAGUUGAAAACCCACAUGGAACCACUCGACAAGGACCUCCGGAGCCGCCUUGCCGAAGUGUUGGCGUUUACGGACGAGUGGAUGGAUGAACCCAGACUGAACAAACUUCCCAUGGGCUUGACGGCUCAGAUGGGCGACAUCGUCGUGUCGAUAGGGUCUCAAAUGAAGAGCCACAGGGAGUCGAUUGUGGCUCUGGUUAGCGACGCGGACGAUACGCGAUCGAAAAAAGGAAGCGUUCGGUUCACCCUGCAGCGCAUGCUGGUUCACUUUGCCGGCACGUCGCCGUCGGUACUUUCCAAGAUCAAAUUCAUGUCGAACAUGGCCAAGGCCGACAUGCACACGCAGACGCCGUGCGUGCAAUCCGUCAUGGGUCUUUUGGACUACAUUGUCAAGUGGCAUGUCGGGUUUGACGCAAGCAAGAAGAUGUCGACCAAGAUCCAAGACGGACGCGGUCGUAUCCAAGCGAUUCAAGCGAGACGCGCGGACGCGUUCCAAAAGCACUGCACGCUUCAAAACCAACUAGACAUGACGCUUGCGGACCAAGAUUCUCGCAAACACGAACUUGUGUCGUUGGAACGGGACAUGGAGAAGCUUCGGCAAGCACGAAGCGUCAUCGAAGCCUCGCAGGACUACCUGGACGAAAACCUCUCCAAGUGGAACGAAUUGCUAGAGUUUGAACAGCAAAAACUGGCGUGGGUACCUGGCAUGUGUGCCAUCGCAGCGUCCAUAUUCGUCUACUUAAAGCCGUACCCGUGGCCCGCGCGUGAGAAGGUGCUUCACGCCAUGCACCAACACUUGCAAAUCCAUCAAGUCGCCAUGCCUUCGGACAAGUCGAUGGGGUACUUUGUCCAGGAUCGCAUUGUUGUCGAGUGUUGGCAUCUCCACGGGUUGCCUCGGAGUCCUUUCUUUGUAUCGAAUGCGCUGCUCACAGCGAACGCUAUCCCGUCGCUAGCAAAAUGGACAGUCCUCAUCGACCCCGAUGGCGUUGGCAAAACAUGGUUGACCUCGUACCACCGCGGAACACUCGUUUGUACGACCGCAAUCGAGACGGUGCUCCAACGUGCUAUCCUUCGCGCGAUCAAGCUCAACCACCCGUUGUUGAUCGAACACGUCGAAGGGCAAUUCUCCGGGUCACUAAAGCAUUUUCUCAAGGUCCGCCACGAGUCGGACGGGACGCGAUACCUCUCGAUCGACGACAAGAUGGAACGGAUUUCGGCCGAGUGGCCAGUGUACUUUACGACCCCGCUUCGAUACCCGACGUUUGCGGCGGUCGUCCAUCGCGCGUGUCACAUCGUCAACUUUAGCGUGAGCAGUGUCGAAGCACCCGACUUUUUCGACACCGUGUGCUUCGAGUUGUGGGACGACAAGGAGUUUGUCAAACGGCGCGACAACGCGAUCGAGUUUGUCGAGUCGUGGACGGCAUUGCAUACGGCCGAGCACGACCUGCUCGUGUAUUUGUCCCGGAUGUCGCCGACGGAUGGCCCAGACAACGACUUGCUCGCGAUGCUUCAAGACGUGGAUCGAAAAAACGAAACAAACGAAGCCAAGAAGGACGAAGCAGCGACCAUGAUGGACAACGUGUCCAAGAUGAACGCCGACGCCGUCGCACCGAUACUCCUCUUGAUGUUUGAAAGUUUCACCGCGAUGGGACUCAUCAACCCAAACUACACGGUGUCGAUGGACGAGUUUGUCCGACCGCUUCGAACGUACAUGACCAAACUGCGAAGCCAGUGGCAAGUUGCGACGUUGCGAGGGGGGCUCGAAGCACGACCGCUGCUGGAGCGGUCGUCGUCCCGUCGCCUCACGGCAACUGCAUCGACCACGACCUUUCGAAAGAAAACACUCAAGAAGGUGCAGCGAGACGUGUACCCACCCGAACACAAAGAGUUGAUCGGUGCGUUUUCAGCCAUCAUGACCAAGCUGAUCCACGGGGACCAUGUCAUUCUGUGGCGCUUUAUCUUUACAGCGAAUCGCAUCUUGUUCACGCCGACGUGGAAAAUCCAUUGCAACGCGACCACCAAGCUCUUUAUGGACAUUGCGUGGAUCCUCGACAAUCGGUGCUAUGCGUUUCCCGUGAGCGGUGUCGAUCAGCUGCGACGUCCACCGUGGGUCGCCAAAGCAUCGUGGGCCAACCUGUGUGUCAUCACCAAACAUCGCGGGUACGAGUACAUGUACGACUACGUGUUGACGCAUGAAGAUGCGAUCGUGCGCGACGAAUGCGACACUCAAGCGUACGCGCACUUGAACGAUGUUGCGGCGCUAUUGCACAAGUUUGUCUUGUUGCUGUGCCUCCAAAGUCCGCGCAAGUGGGACGCCCUGAACAACUUGAUGCAGUUUGCAUGGGAAGAUAUAUCGCCGUGCUUGCCAACCACGUCGUUGGUCGACACUGUUGCCGGAGUCGUCGAGGCCACCGACCAGGUCACCCCCAUCGUUUUGUACUGCGACAGCAUGCCCAAUGUGCUCCUGUCGUUGCAAGAACACAACGGGCACGUCAGCCGUGGAUCGAACCAGUUGUUGCCGAUUCUGAGCGGAGAAAACGCCACGCUGUCGACGGUGCUCGAAGAGCUUGAUCGGUCGGCGACUUGUGGAACUUGGAUGUGCUUGUACGACUGCAAUCACACGAGUAUUCCCAUCUUUGAAAAGAUCAGCCUCGCGUGGCAGGAAGCGAUCCACCAAAAACCCCACCACCAGCACCGAUUGUGGCUCAUUUGUGAAAUGCAUCGCCCCAUGAAUACGUGCAUCCUGACCAAUGCCGCCAAGCGAUGGUUCUUGAAUCCCAUCACAAACGUCAAGAUGGCCAUACUGUCGUGCGCAGCGACACUGGAAAACGACGCCGCUGCAUGCGUCCAAAUCACGCAAUGGGACGCGAUCGCCAAGGGCAUCGUUGUCAUCAGCCAUUUCCAUUACGUGUUCAAGACAAACUUGUCGUACUUUGACUGGGUCCACCACGCACCAGUUCAUGAUGGCACGGUGAACACGGCAGCGAAAGAAUUGGUCAUGCUUGCGGCCAAAGGAAUCGCGUCCCUUGGCCCCAUGCGAGAGGGCAUCCUUCGCGUGUAUGCUGCGCACGUCGUGACCAAGCACGACCUCGAUCGGCUACACUAUCUCUUUGAUUGGACCUGGCACAUGUGUUUGAGUGCGUAUCAAAACGAGAACGCCACACCCACAAGCUACGCGCUGUGUCGAGACUGGGUCAUCGCCGCCCAAGUUCCGUUUGAUUUUGUGAAGUCGAUGCCCACUCCGCUCCCCCUCGAGCAGCCCGUGAAUGUACUUGCUGCCUAUCGACACUGUUUUGCCAUCCUCGACGGCUACGACGUCGCCAACAAUGACCAGUCCCUCGUCAACGACCUCACGCUGUUUUCGCAUGAGCUCAACAUGAGCUUCUACGACGUCCUCGCGUCGGCUCGAACGAUGACCAAGUCAAGCGAGUUGCAUCGGUAUCUGAACUGGGAAUGGCAGCAGUUUUCCCGCCACGUCACGCACAUCCAGCGAACACUUGCGCAUUAUUCGCGCCACAUUGGUGAGUAUUACGAACUCGCGCAGCGAGCUCUGCUCGGGCAGUUUCCGCCGUCGUGGUACUUGACACCCCAAUUUCGAAUGCGCACGUGCGCCGAUUUGCUAGCGCAUGUGAAGCGGCGCCGCAAGUAUUUCCAUUCGGUCGACGACGGUACUUUCACGUCGUACUGGCUGCCAGCCUUGACCAACCCCCACCGCGCAGUCGAACUCCUGGCCCACCACAUCAUGCACAACCACCCCGAGAAGCAAGAGUCGUGGGAGCACCUCCGGACGUCAUUUGUCGUGGCCGAGUCGCUGCACGUUCGAUCUCCACUCAUCUACCGCCUCGCCAAGCAACGCAUCAAGCUUCGAAAGGCCGCCACCGCCGAUACCUCGACCUCCUCCGACAUCACGCUGUCAGGAAUCGUCGUCUACAACGCGUCCUGGAACGAAUCGACCCGCACGCUCACCAAACCGUCCGUGCUGAACGUGGUCGAAGAGUUGCCGUCAAUUCAAAUGACAGUGACCAAAACCACAGAUGUGACGGAUCCAUUCAGCUACGACCAGGAAGAAACCGACGUCCAUGAGAUUCCCGUGCACAUGGUCGACAACAAAACGUCCCCACCGACGCAACAAGUCGUCUUUUACGUUUGGCUCAAGCUCCCCGACGACGACGACGAGCGGCGAUGGCUCUUGGCGAAUGCCUAUCUCGUCAUCGGCUAGCAAGUCGAGUACAGCGAACAGUCCUCGUGACGACAGGAAGGUAGAAAAUGUGGCAGCCAAAGCAUCUCACAGCAUUACCUGCGUCGCAACUUGUACGACUCGCUUAUGAUGACCUACAACUUGAACCACGAAGGCUUCGACGUAGCUUUUGAGGGCGCCGUCGCGGUGGUUAUCGUGGGAAUCACAUUCUUCUCCUUGGCAA